ACGACAGGGGGUUGCUAUGCAACGGCUGAUGUGGCAACGCCUGGAGCUGAAAACAAAACCUCUCCGAUAGUUUUCAGGUGAAAUAUUCUCUGAAUCGACAAAUAUUGUUAGUAAAUUUUCUCCCCCGUCACCAUUACUUAUCACUCUCCUCGGGUUUAUUUAAGAUGGCGUCAAAUCACGGGUUACUUUUUAAGGAAGCCGUUGUGCUGUUUGACAAAUUCAGUGUUAGCAAACAGGUUUUGGAUGAUUUCUUAGAAGAUGCCUCAAAGGACCUGCAGAACAUGACUAAUACAGAUAAGCAGUUCAUUCUUGAUGUUGUUUCUGGAUGUAUUGAGCACAAAAAGUUACUGGACGCAGUCAUUGAACUCUUCUAUGCCCAGAAUAGGAAGUACUUAUCCAGAUGUAAUCGCAGCCAGUUUGUCAUUAUCUGCUACUUCACCACAUUCCUGCUUGAUGAACUUGGACUUCAGUGUUUUAGUAACAUUGUGAAAUCCCUGGACAUCAAGAAGAUGCAUGCAUUCCUGAGUUUCUUCUUCACAUACCUCACCACAUGGAUACAAGAUAAGUGGAGCAGCAUCUAUGAUGUUGCCUUUGUGCAGAAACAGUGGAUUGAGCCUCUGCUCAGGUGGCGCCCUGAUAUUAAUAGUCUCAUUGACCAGCUUGCUGCAAAAAUAUCCAGUGAAGCCCAAGUCAAGAAAUUUCCAGUUACCACCACCAAGCCUCAGGAGUUUUCGCUUACAAAACCUAAACCUCUACCCCUGCCCAUGCCUGAGCUCAUGCCCCAGCAGGAAAAGCACAAACCGGUACCAGAUACCACCUACAAGGCUCCAAAGGAGAUAGAAAUGAUAAAGGUGCUCAAACAAAGAAACCGUCAAAAGACUGAGGAGCUGCUGUACGAGGCCAACAUGAAACCGUUUCAAUGUGUAAAUCAGCAGACGUCUGAACACACAAGGAAAGCAAUAGCCCAGAUUAAGAAAGAUUUGGAUUCAAAGCUCAGGUUCACUUCAUUCCGUUCCUCUGGUCUUCCUCCUACUCACAAGACAAACAAUUGGCCCAUAAAGUUGAACAGUGCAGCUAUCCUGAGACAGGGGGCAUUUUAUGAUCGCAAGGUGGAGGAGGAGCUUCAAAGAAUUGAGAAUCUGGUAGAAGGGGCACUUGAGCCCUCACCUUUCCUACAGUGGCGGAAGGAGAUGCAUGAGAAGGAUCUUCAAGAGGAGUUGGCCAAGAUUGAGCGCAGGCGUCUGGAAGGACGUAUCAGUUAUGAAGAGGCUGCUAUGGCCCGCACACAUAUUAUGGAACGCAACCAAAAGGCAGCACAACUCAAGAGGGAAGAGACGGAGCAGCUGAUGAGAAGAUAUGCUGAGAAAAGGCUGCAGGAGGACAGAGAAAUGAGAAACUUGGUACAACAAGUAGCUGAAGGUCACAAAAACUCAAAGGAAGCAAAAAUCAAGUUGCAAAAACUGAAGCAAACUAUAGUGAAAGAGGUCUCAGAACACAAUCAAAAGCUUCUUCGUCAAGCACUGGAGGAGGCACAGGCAGAGCUAAGCAGAAAAUAUGAAAUCAUUCAUGAAAUCCACGCCAUUGAAUCAGUUCCUCACAUGAGAGUCAAGUAUUUUGAUGACACAGAGACAGAAGGCCACGGGCUGCUGGUGGAGAUGUCCCUUGCUGAGCUGAAGGAGCGAUUAGCCCUUCUGAAGGAACGGCAGCAAAGUAAACAGCGGGACAGGCGGAAGCAAAUCCUGGAUGAGAAACAGAGGAAGAAGCAAUAUUUGUUGGAGCAAAUGGACACUAUAAACUUCAGCAGGAAUGCACUGGCUGCCACUAUAAGGAAAGAGGAGAGGAAAGCCAGACUGGAUUUUAAGCAAGAGGUGGUGACUCACGAUGAGACAAUUUUGGCUCUGAGGAAAAAGCUUCAGGAGAAACAGCAAGAACGCCAAAGCCUGAAGCAAAGUGAACACGCCAAAUUCAAAACUCCUGAACCGGCAGCAGCGCACCCAAGUGAGACCUUUAAUCAGCAAAGUUUGACGAAGAAAAGCUGGUUGGAUUUGGAACAGUGCUUAGAACGAGAUCUACAGAAAUUAUCAGAGGAAAAGGCUCAAGAGUCUUCAUGUUAUGAAUUAUUAUAAUUAUAUUACCUCCACUAACUGACAGAGGGUGGAUGGCCUGAUUCCUUUUAAAUUACAUAAUUGAAUCAUCAA